AUGGAGAUCAGUAGCAUUGCCAGCGGAGGCGGGGCGGGUGCGUCGUCGAGCAAGAGCGGAGGUUACUCUGGUGACGCCACCUUCUCUGUCCCGUGGGUGGAGAAGUACCGGCCCAACACGGUGGAGGAGAUCACGGGCAAUGAGGCAACGGUGGCGAGGCUCAAGGUCAUUGCCAAGCAGGGCAACUUGCAGAACUGUCUCAUUGCCGGUCCUCCCGGGACAGGUAAGACGACUUCCAUUCUGUGCCUGGCACGCGCCCUGCUUGGAGACGCCUUUGCAGAGGGCGUGCUCGAGCUCAACGCGUCGGACGAGCGCUCUAUCGAUGUCGUCCGCAACACCAUCAAGCGGUUCGCACAGAAGAAGGUGACCCUGCCUCCGGGCCGGCACAAGAUUAUCAUCCUCGAUGAGGCAGACUCGAUGACUACCGGCGCGCAGCAGGCGCUGCGGCGGACGAUGGAGCUGCACUCGGCCACCACCCGCUUUGCCCUCGCCUGCAACGACUCGACCAAGAUCAUCGAGCCCAUCCAGUCGCGCUGCGCCAUCCUGCGCUACGCCCGGCUCACCGACCAGCAGGUCCUUGACCGGCUGCUGCAGAUCAUCAAGGCCGAAGGCGUCGAGUCGACCAACGAGGGGCUCGAGGCUCUGGUCUUCACCGCCGACGGCGACAUGCGCCAGGCCAUCAACAACCUCGAGUCGACCGUCGCCGGCUUUGGCAUGGUCACCCCCGACCACGUCUUCAAGGUCUGCGACCAGCCGCAUCCGGUCGUGGUCAAGGCCAUGAUUGCUGCUGUCCGCCAGGGCGACCUCCUUGCCGCCAACGCCCGCCUCGAGACUCUCUGGUACCAGGGCUACUCGGGCUCGGACAUCAUCGGCACUAUCUUUAAGAUUGUCAAGUCGUACCCGGAUCUCUCGGAGAUGCACAAGCUCAACAUGAUCAAGGAGAUUGGCAUCACCCACACUCGCUUCACCGACGGUGUUGUCUCACUCCUGCAGCUCGCCGGCCUGCUCGGCCGCAUGAUCGACUGCCUCCGCGAGUGA